UCUUGUUCCAUUUUGAUAUACUAAAAAACAUUAGCUUUGGUUUGAUAAAAAUUCCAGAAAAAUUAAUGGAUUUUGCUAAUCCAAUAAAUUAAACUUCUUAAUAUUUUUUUUUCUCGAGUGUUUGUGGCCACUACCGACAGCUGCUGAGCUGAGCUUCAAGUUUUGAUAUUUUGCUGGAGAUACCCAAUUGUUGAUUUGGCUCAUGGAGCUAGAAUUUGAAGGUAAAGAUUGUGUUAGAGGUGAUCAAAGUUUAGCUCUUUCUUGUUUUUUGGUUAUUUUUAGGCUCAUUUUAGAGAUACCUAUUUGUUGUUUUUGGCUCAUAGAGCUGGUUCUUGAAGAUAAAGAUUGUGGUUGGGUUGAUAAGAAAGUUGUGUUCUUUUCUUGCUUUUAGUACCUUUUAUGCCCAUUUUAGAAAUACCCUGUAGUUGUUUUGGUUCUUGGAGCUUGAUCAAUUUUGUGCUUGAGUUGAUAGAGUUCAGUUUCUAUCUUGCUUUUAGUAACUUUUAUGUUCAUUUAUAGAGAUAUUUAGUUGUUGUUUUGGUUCUUGGAGCUUGAAUUUGAAGCUAAAGAUUGUGCUUGAGUUGAUCAAAGUUAUGUUCUUUUCUUGCUUUUAGUAACAUUUAUGUUCAAGUUCAAGUUUAAGAGAUAACACAAUUGUUGUUUUGGCUCGUAGAGCUUGAAUUUGAAGCUAAAGAUAUUGCUUGAGUUGAUAAAAAAGUUCAGCUCCUUGCUUGCUUUUAUGUUCAUAUUUAAGAGAUACCCUGUUGUUGUUUUAGUACUUGGAGCUUGAAUUCGCAGCUAAAGAUUGUUAUUGACAGCUUAGUCAAGCUAUUUUGUUGGUGGUUAGACCAACCAUGGUGUAUUGGGUGUUGUCCCAUCAAGAAUUCUCACAUAUAGAAGAUGAAAGUUGCGGAAAUGAGGAUGUUGCGAUGAAUGUGUGGGCGUACUAGGAGAAAUAGGAUUAGAAAUGAGGUAAUUCAGGACAAGAUGGGAGUGGUUUCUGUGGAGGACAACAUGCAGGAAGCAAGACUUAGAUGGUUUGUACAUGUGAAAAUGUACGGAUGCCUCAAUGCGGAAGUGUCAGAAUUUGGCUAUGGGUAGUUUAGGAGAGGUAGAGGUAGGACAAAGUAGCAUUGGAAAGGGAUGAUUAGACAAAACAUGAUGCAGCUUUAGCUCACCGAGGACAUGACCUUAAAUUAGAGGGUUGUCUUGCUAUCACUCUGUACUAGUAGUUGUAGUACUACUACGGUAGUUUCUUGUCCUUAGAUUUCUAUUACUAUUUGUUGUUUCUAGUACUUCUGGUUAUCGUAUUAUUUUGUUGUAGUUACUGAUCAGAAUGUCUUGUUAUGCUUUCAGUUCUGAUUAUUCUUUUUCUGAACUGUUUUCCUUGAGCUGAGGGUCUAUCGGAAACAACCUCUUUACCUCUAAGCUAGGGUUAAGGAAAUGAUGAAGCAUAUUCUUAUUGCUAUGACGAGCUAUUGAUAUUGAGCUGAACUUUAAGAAUGAAGUACAGCUCGAAGUUUCAAUCUGUGUGUCAAAUUGAUAAAAGAAAAUGGAUUUUGGUAGUGGUUUUGGUGGCUGUGACUCAUUUAUUUUGUCAGACCUUGAUGCUUCCGUAUGGAAAUGCUCUUCAUUCUCUGUUAUCUGAGAGCAAUACUCAGCUAUCCGAAAAGGUAAGUCUGUUGAGUAAAGAAUCGUCUGUUGUUGAAUCAACUAAGGUUGGUGAAGGAUUUUCAGGAACGCUUUCAAGCUUUGAUGAUGUACAUAUGUUAGCUCAUCGCUUGAAAACUGUGGAUAACAGUGAUGUGAGUGAAGACGGUGAAAUUGAUGAAAGCGUAAAUGAGAAGGAUGAGGUAAAACCACAUAGCAACCAUUCAGUUGUCAAAACCAUGGAAAAUGACUCUGAUUUUGUUGAAGAUGCAACUAUUGAAAAUGAUAAUCUAUUCGAUGAAAUGGUGGACAUGGACGAGGAAACUACAAUGCAGAAGAACAAUGAAUCUAAAUGGGACCUUUCUAUAGAGCAAGUAGUAAAAACAACUGAUGAACUUUCAGCUGACUCUGAUUUAGAUGCAAAUAGAAAUACUGUGCUUAAUGAUACUAAAGCUGCAAAUGUGACUAACUCAUCGUCUGUGGAAGCUUCAAACCAUCUAGAUAACUUGCCAUUGGUUGCUAUAGGUGAAAUAAACUUCAUUCGUACUACUGGUAACAACUCUUCAACGGGAAAUUUGACUCAACUUCUCCCAAAUAAUGGAAAUCAUUCGUUGGUGCUAAGUACAGUCAAAAAGAAGAUGAGAUGCAUGUUGCCGCCAAAAACAGUAACUACAAUUUCUCAGAUGGAAAGGUUACUAGUUAGGCAUCGUGCUCGUUCACGUGCUAUGAGACCUAGGUGGUCCUCGGAACGUGACAAGGAAAUUCUGGCUGCUAGGUUACAGAUAGAGAAUGCUCCACUUAUAAGAAAUGAUCGAGAAAUUUAUGCUCCCGCCUUUCGAAAUAUGUCCAUGUUCAAAAGGAGCUAUGAACUCAUGGAGCGGAUUCUCAGAGUUUAUGUCUACAAGGAAGGGGAGAAGCCCAUUUUUCAUCAACCAAUAAUGAAAGGAUUGUAUGCAUCCGAGGGAUGGUUCAUGAAACUAAUGGAGGGAAAUAAUAAGUUUGUUGUGAAGGAUCCCCGAAAAGCUCAUUUGUUCUACCUACCCUUUAGUUCGAGAAUGCUGGAGCAUUCUCUAUAUGUUCGUAAUUCUCAUAAUCGAACAAACCUACGCCAAUAUUUGAAGGACUACUCAGAGAAGAUUGCAGCAAAAUACCGUUUCUGGAACAGAACUGGCGGGGCUGAUCAUUUUCUCGUUGCAUGCCAUGACUGGGCUCCGUAUGAAACGAGGCAUCACAUGGAACAUUGUAUCAAGGCCCUGUGCAAUGCUGAUGUAACCUUAGGCUUCAAAAUAGGAAGGGAUGUAUCCCUUGCGGAAACAUAUGUUCGUUCAGCCAGAAAUCCUCUUAGAGAUCUCGGAGGAAAACCAGCAUCUCAAAGAAAAGUUCUUGCAUUCUAUGCUGGGAAUAUGCACGGAUACUUGCGUCCAAUCUUGCUCGAGCAUUGGAAAGACAAAGAUCCCGAUAUGGAGAUAUUUGGUCCAAUGCCAAGUGGUGUUGCUAGCAAAAUGAACUAUAUCCAGCAUAUGAAGAGCAGUAAGUUCUGCAUCUGUCCAAAGGGCUAUGAAGUCAACAGCCCGCGAGUAGUAGAGGCCAUAUUUUACGAAUGUGUGCCCGUGAUCAUAUCAGAUAAUUUCGUGCCUCCCUUUUUCGGAGUCUUGAAUUGGGAUACGUUCUCUUUAAUCCUAGCUGAGAAGGACAUUCCGAACUUGAAAAGCAUACUUCUCUCCAUACCGGAAAAGAAGUAUCUCGAUAUGCAACUAGCUAUCAGGAAGGUUCAGCGCCAUUUCCUUUGGCACGCGAAGCCGGUAAAAUAUGACUUGUUUCAUAUGACACUUCAUUCAAUUUGGUACAAUAGAGUUUUUCAAACAAAAGCUAGAUGAAAGUUGCUCCAGAUGCAAGUCUAUUUGGUACAUUUGUUUCCUACUAUGAUAUUGCUCAGACUCUUUAAAAAUGUCACUAGCUGCGUGUUGGAGGUGUUGGAUCCUCCAAAAGUAAGUGCAUUUCUAGAUGAUUUGAUACAGGUGCAACAAUGUUUUUGAAGAGUUCGAGAAUUUUCCUAGCACGCCUCCGAAAAAUUGUUUGUGACAAAUUUGAAAUGAGCUUUGGAGAGGAACUGUUCCCUUGUAUAUUGUAAAAAAAAUUUGCAUUAAGUUGUACCAUAAUCUGCUUGUUGAAGAAAAAUCAUGAACUUGAACUUUUGUUCUAUUAAAGAUGGGUGAUUUUGUUGAAAAUUA